AUGCCGGCUCAAUCUGAAACUUCCAAUCAAGAACACGAAGAAUUUCCAUUCAAUGUCUUCGACUAUGAAAAAGAUGGAUUUAAAUUUGUUCUUCGCUGCAAUGGAUACACCGAACAAAUCAUGCUUGAAGACAUCAAAAGAUUCGCCGAUGUUGUAAGUGCCAGGCCAAGAGGUGUUAUAGGUUUCUACGUAACACCGUUCGAAAUCCAGGAUGGAGUUGAAGAUUUCGUACAAGGACAUAAUCGAACCAUUAUUAUUUGCUCUGACAAAGACCUCCUUGGGAAAAUCAAUGAACAGGCCGAAAUCGCUAGACAGGAGCUCCAACAAGUGACACAACAGCUCGAAGCGAUUG